AUGACGACUCUGAAUGUGCUGCUCCUCUUUCCCAUGAUGGGUCUUGCACUGGGUUGGCUCCCGGUGGAGGACUGGGAGUCAGGGAAUGUAACCACAUCAGGUGGAGCUCUGGAGUGUGUCUGCAGCGUGUUCCUGCCCGACAGCAUCUUCCCUGCCGACCGAGUGCAACACAUGCAGCAAGUAACCACAGAUCUGAGGCUGGAGGUGGAAAUCCAGAUGAAUAAGCUUGUCCACUAUGGAGGCAAACUGGAUGUGUUCCUGGCAGAACUGACGGAGCUGACAGUCCGAGUGGCCAUGCUGCAGAGCAGCGCCGACAACUACAUCAAACUGGACUUUGAGAUGCUCAGGAUCGAGCUCCGAGAGUUCGAGGCUCUGGUGUCCCAGCUCAGAGACUCCCUCAACUCCUCCUCGCCCCUGUUCGACAGCCUGUACACUGAGAUUCGUAACAUGACGCUCAUCGUAAACCAACUGGAGAAUUACGACAAGAACAACCUGGACGUGAUCCGCAUCGAGUUCACCAAGCUGCAGAGGAAACUGGAGGAGUGCCAGAAGGAGGAGGAGAUCUUCAAGCCAGAUGUUGGUAACUGCAACCACACAGGAAUCAUGAGCUUCAGCAAGCCGACAGUCAUCCAAGUGAACGCUCAUUUGAACCCAGGUUACCAAUAUGGCGGCUGGGGAAAAGACUCCAAGCCUGUCCGAGGCUUCGAGUCGAUGUACUGGUACGGUGCGUACAGCAGGCCCAACGUGUACGAGUUCUACCUUUACUCUAGCUAUGACAAACUCAUCCAGAGGUCGUCCUUCACACACCACGGCCUGCCACAGGGCUACGAAGGCACCGGGAAUAAUUAUGUCGUUCAUGGCAACACCAUUUAUUACCAGGCUGCUAAUCCAUUCAGAAUGUCCAAGUUGAAUCUGACCUCGUCCGUUUACAGUCACAGCCAAAUGUCAAAAGCGAGUGAGAGAUUCACCUACACCUAUUCGCCAAGCCAGUACCUUGACUUUUCAGCUGACGAGAAAGGAUUGUGGGUAAUUUAUGCCACAGAGGAGGGCAAGGGUAAAAUGGUGAUCGCUAAGAUAGAUGAGAAAUCGUUUGGCAUUGAGGACGAGUGGAACACUAAUUCGUACAAACCUCGAGUAGGGAAUGCUUUCAUGGUUUGUGGGGUCAUGUAUGCGACCCGGCCCAAAGAUCUGAACACAGAGGAGAUCUACUACGCCUACGAUACCAAGACUAAGGAGGAGAAAUACAUGAGCAUCCCCCUCCAGAAAUUCCAGGAGAAGAUUGUCAACCUGCACUACAACCCCACUGAUCAGAGGCUCUACAUGUACAACAAUGGCUACUACGUGUCCUAUAACGUGAGGUUUAACAAAGAAUGA